UGUUUGUGGUUUACCUGCAGGCGAUGGAGAUAGCAUCUGAAAGAACUGCAGAGGAAAGAUCCAAUCAGGACAAAGUUGACGAGGAGGUGUUUAAGAAAGCCUACAUUCCACGCACACUUACUGAAGUCACCCAUUAUGAGAGGGAUGUGGACGCAAUGUUGAAGAAAAAGGAGGAGGCUUCUUCUGAAGAUACAAACACAGAAAAUAUCCUCUACCAGACAGUACCAGGCCUCAGGAAGGAUCUUUCUGGUGUGCAAACUGUACCCUCGAUACUGGAAGACUCCACAAAGGAUGAUAGUUCAAGCUCUGAGGGAGAGGAGGAGGAUGAAGAUGAUGAUGAGAAGUCAGAAGGGGAAGACACAGGAGAGGGUGGCAGCCACACUGAGGAAGCACAACUGAACAGAAAAGAAAGAAAGAAAAUGGUUAAAAAAGCUCAGAGGGAGAAAAGAAAAAAUAAAGUGCCAAAGUAUGUGAAAAAGCGCAAGGAGAAAGUUGCCAAAAUGAAGAAAGGAAGAUGAAUAUGGUUGAGAUGAAGGUGAACUGAGAUUAUAGCAGAAAUGCUACUUGACUGAUGGUACCAGUAUUUAAGCUGGGAACUAUUGCUGAUGAAAUCAGUCCCUUAACAAUUAGAAAUGCCGGAUAUCAACAUCAUAUUUUUAAAAUGUUUAUUAAAAGUAUUAUUUUUAAUAAACGUAUACUUUCUUUGAUAUACUGCUUGAAUGGUGGGUAAAAUAUGUUUUAAUGCAGACUGACAAUUCAAAUCAAUUUUUGUUAUAGUGGAACAUUUAAUUUACAUUGUGCAGAACAGUUUACACAAAUAUUCAUGUUUUACAAGGCAACAUGCUGUUAAAAAUAAUGCACUCUUUCAUAUUUAAGUGACAAAAUCCUCUUUACAAUCCUCUAUACAUCUUGUACAUUUAACAUUUAUUUCAAAGUAAAUGUCAUAUUGGUACAAAACUGUUUAUUACAUGACAUACACUACCUUUCAAAAGUUUGGGUCGUA